AUGAAUUCUUCCCGUCCGAUCUUCCCGGAAAACCUCAGCUCCCUCACUUCCCAAUUGAGCGGCAUUCGCAUCUCCUCUGAAUCUCCCUGCUCCUUCCAACCCUUCAAGACGGCUCUCCAGCCCGUUGUCGCCCGGAGAAUCUGUCCAUUCACAGGGAAGAAAGCGAACAGGGCAAACAAGGUGUCGUUCUCCGACCACAAGACCAAGACGCAACAGUUCGUGAACUUGCAGUACAAGAGGGUUUGGUGGGAGGCAGGGAAGCGCUGGGUGAAGCUCCGUUUGUCCACCAAGGCUUUGAAGACCAUCGAGAAGAAUGGCCUCGACGCCGUCGCUAAGAAGGCCGACAUUGAUCUUCGCAAGUUGUAA